AUGGCGAAGCCACGUAGGAUUACCUUGCACGAACAAGGAGCACCAGAUCUCAUUCUUCAACCGUUGCAAGCUAGGUAUCCAAAUCUUGAUCCGAAUUUUGAGUUGAAGAAUAGUCUGAUUAACUUGCUUCCUAAGUACCAUGGACUACCGGGCCAAGACCCCAUUAGGCACUUGAGAGACUUUCAAGUUGCUUGUUCUACAGCUCGAAGGCAUGGUGCCGAUGAGAUUGCUAUCAUGGUUUUUGCUUUCCCCUUCUCUCUUGAGGGGUCGGCAAAAGAGUGGUUCUACUUCCAACCGGAAGAAGUGGUGACUGAAUGGGACCUAUUGAAAAGAGAGUUCUUAGACAAGUUCUUUCCCCCGGAGAAAACUGACUACAUCCAGAAGGAAAUUUCUAGUAUAAUGCAAAUAGACCAAGAGACACUCUAUGAAUAUUGGACUCAACUUAAGAGAUUGUUAGAAUCUUGUCCACAUCAUGGGUUAGACACUCACUUGCUCAUUAGCUAUUUUACUGGAGGUCUUUGUGCAGCGGAUAAAAGAUUGUUCUCUGUCUCUAGUGGUGGUUCCCUUUCUAAGAACAAGAUGGCGGCGGAAGCAUGGAGUUUGAUCAAUGAUGUCGCCAAGGAUACCCAACAUGUGAGGGUAAGGAACAACCCUCCCAAGAGUAUGGUGGAAGCACCUCCUUCCGAAUCAGCUUUGACUAAAGUGCUUGGAGACAUGACCACUCUCCUCACGGAGAUUCGCAAAGAACAAAAGGCAUUUCAAUCAAUCCAAGCCAUCCAAGCCCCACCUCAAAUCCUCCAACUUAAAGGACCUCCUAGAGUAUGUGGUUUAUGCUCUAGUACCGCACAUUACACCGACCAAUGCCAUCAAGUCCAAGAGGGUUACACUCUCGCGGUAGCCAACGUGAACUACAACAACCUUCCACCCUAUCAAUCUCAAGGUCAAAGCAAUUACUCCCACGGUAAUAGUUUUAAUCAAGGGUGGAGGGACAAUGCCCAAGGAAGCAACCACAAUCAAAGAUGGAACCAAGGAAACUCAUCUUCUCAUUACUACAACAACAACCAACCUUCUUCUCAAUAUCACAACAAUACCAACCAAAAUCAACAUAACCAACCAUACCAACACUCACAACAAAAUCACAACAAUAACCAUAGAUACCAAACGCCUCACCAAAGACAACAAACCAAUCAACCCUCUUCUUCUCCCGCAAAUCAAGGUGAUGACUCUCACCGUGUACUCUACCAAGAACAAGAGAGACUUAGGGCUAUGAUAGAGAAAAAUGAAGAGAAAAAUAGGACUCUCAAUACACAAGUUAGCACUAUGAGUGCUCAAAUGUCCUCCAUAGCCAAGAUUCUCUCAAGGUUGACCCUACCUCCUACCACCAAUACCAACACUAACCAAGCCUCUAGCUCAUCUAACCUUCCUUCUCAACCUCUCCCAAACCCAAAGGGUAGCAUCAAUGCAAUCACCUUGAGGAGUGGUACAAUGCUUGAGGAAGUUGAACCCAAGCCCAUCAAGUUGGCAGCGGAUGUUCCUAAUGUGGAAGUUGGUGAAACAAUGGAGAUAAAUGAAGAUGACAAGGAGAAAAAAGUUGCAAAGGAAGAAGAAGAGCAAUUGAGGGCCAAGGAACCGAAGCGGCAGAAUAACUUAGAGGAACAAGUCAACCGAAGCAGAAGAGCAACUUAG